CUGCCCACCAAUUGUAUGAAAGCAGCCGCUGGCUCGUUUAAAAGUGGGAUUUAUACUAUAAAAUAUCAGCGAUUUGGUGAUGAUCCAUUCAAGGUGUGGUGUGAUGAGGAUACCGACUUUGGCGGUUGGAUUGUCAUCCAGCGACGCAUAAGUGCUGAAUUGGAUUUCUAUCGAAAUUGGGAACAAUAUAAGCAAGGAUUUGGUGAAUUGUCGGACAAUUAUUGGAUUGGUUUGAAUAAAUUACACGCUCUAACCGCGAGUUGUGAACAAGAGUUGUAUAUAAAAAUGGAAGCAUCCAAUGGCACUAAGUACUAUGCAAAAUAUGAUUUGUUCGUCAUUGGUAGCGAAGAGGAAGAUUAUGUUUUGCGAACCCUUGGUAAUUACACAGGAAAUGCUGAAGAUUGUUUCAAGCCUCACGAGGGUGAAAAAUUCACAACAUUUGAUCGAGAUAAUGAUGACAAACCAGUUGGUAGUUGCGCUGAAAAAUAUAGAGGAGCUUGGUGGUAUCACGAUUGUUAUCACUGGAGCAACUUGAAUGGCGACUAUUCUCAAAAAGACAACGGCCAAGGCGUAACUUGGAAUGGCAUACAAAUGUAUGAGUCCUUGAAAUUUGCGCAAAUGAUGAUACGCCCAACGGAAAAAUGUAUUAAGCGGUUGGCAAUGAGAAAUUUUUCAUUUUAAGAUGAAAGGUUAUAAAACUAAAAUAACUU